ACCUAACUACUAUCUUUUUAGCUUAAAGUAUGAAGUUAAUAAAAAUAACCGAGGAAAAAAGAAAGGUAAUACUGUAAGAUGAAAUUUUGGUAUUAGAAAAAUCAACUCAUUCCAUCCAUGCUUGUGCGAUUUUGACUAUGUUGUUAUCAUUGAUUAAAUUGUACACGUUUGUUAUCAACGAAACUCUUGCAUGACCGGUGAACUCUCCUUAUGGCAAGAUUCAUCUAAUAUAUGUAUCACAUAUUUUAGGACGAAUUAGCAGACUGAUUUUUAGCCUAGUUGAUCGCUCCAUUUCAAGUGCAUGACUGCUAGUUAAUCAGUCUCAAUCUAAACUGGAGGCUACAAAAAGAGCCUCAGAGUCAGUACUAUCUCCAUCGUAGUCAUCUUUCAGCAUAGAUGGAGCGUAGCUUAAAAACAUUCCUGUAUUCAGAUAAAGUGAUGAUCUAUGUCAUAAUCCUGCUUUGUGUUGGGUUCGAAGACGGUGCAAUAAGAGGGGUCUCCAGAAAGCGGGGGGGACAAUGGCAGCUCCUACUUAACAGUUUUGGCGUUGUGGGGAUGCACAUGGCAUUAACUCACCAUAACACUGUCGUAAUGUUCGACCAAACUGGAGCUGGCCCGUCUAAUUAUAGGCUCCGGAGACGUUUUAAUGGCACAAGGUGCACAAGCCGCGAUGACUUGAUGGAUUCUAUAUGCUAUGCUCACUCUAUCGAGUUUGACAUUAGCAGCAACAAAUUGAGGCCACUAAAGCUUGACUUUGAUCCCUGGUGUUCCUCUGGUUCUUUCCUUAGCAACGGGACACUUGUACAAAUUGGUGGAUAUAGUAAUGGAGCUAAGAGAAUCAGAGUGUUCAGACCCUGUAGGGAUCACCAGUGUGAUUGGAGACAAGCAAAGAAAUCCUUGUCUGAUCGACGUUGGUAUGCUUCCUCUCAGAUUCUGCCAAGGCAUGACAGGGUCGUUGUCGUUGGAGGAAGAGGAGUUUUCACGUAUGAGUUCGUCCCAAAAUUAGACUCUAGAGAAAGCUCAUUCGCUCUUCCAUUCUUACACCAAACUAAUGACAGAAAGAGUGAUCAAGGUCUUCCCGGAGAUGGUUCACAAAACUACCUGAGCUCAGGCUCAAUCUGUGAUGCUCCCAUUACACCACGGAGACAAUUUCCAGAAAGUGGAAAUAAUGAUUUGUGGAGGAGCAGCUUCCGGAGCUUAUAGAGCUGCCGAUGAAGGAAGAUUCUUGAUGGGGCUACGUUCAUGUGGAAGAAUGGUGAUCACAGGGAACAAGCACGUAUGGGAAAUGGAGAACAUGCCAGGACCACGUCUCCUACAUGACAUGCUCAUCCUCCCAACCGGACAAAUUCUGAUCAUCAAUGGAGCCAAGAGUGGCUCAACAGGGUAUGACAAUCCAAGAAAUGCUUCUCUUCAACCUUACCUCUAUGGCCCAAGUAGAAGACUGGGGAGAAGAUUCACGAUCCUCAGUUUAACCAAAAUAGCCAGAAUGUAUCACUCGUCAGCAACUCUUCUUCCUGAUGGCAGAGUGUUAGUUGCGGGAGGUAACCCUCACAGUAGGUAUACAUUUCACAAUGUGGCAUACCUAACUGAGCUGAGACUACAAGCAUUCGUUCCAAAUUACAUGCACAGGAGGUACCAUCGAUGGAGGCCAAGAAAUGUGUCCAUUGCAUAUGGAGGAGGUAGUCGUGAUGAAAGCUAUGAGAUUGGGUAUGGGAAGCAAUUUAGUGUUAGGUUUUUUCUCGGGAAGAGGCCAAGCAAGAAGAUGGAGUUUAGUGUGUACGCGCCGUCAUUUACGACGCAUUCGUUCUCCACGAAUUAGAGGUUGCUCAAGCAGAGAUGCACACCAUGAGGAGGCAUGGAGGUGGCUGGAUUUCUGCAGUUGUAGAAGCCCCACCAUCUUCAAAUGUUGCUCUUUCUGGUUAUUACUUGUUCACCGUUGUGAAUGCUGGAAUUCCCAGCGUGUCCCUUUGGCUUCGCUUUAUUCAUGCCUAAGCUUUAUAAUUAUCUCCUUGUUUUGUGUUACUUUCUAAGUAGAUUUCCAAGUGCAAAAUUUAAAUGUAGUAAAGUCUAAAAGAUGAACUUGUCAGGAAAUUGUUUGCUUGUGUUAAUGAAAUUGUGUCCUUUCAUA